CAGUGUCCUCCUCCGCCCCCUCCCUCAGUUGGUGCUGAAUGAGCGGAUGAAACAUGGCGCUGGACGGAUGGAAAUACUAAUGACAGUCGGGAAACUCGCUUCCAUUUGUACCAUGGGCAUCAAUGCCUCUGCUUUGGAGAAAGAGAUUGGGCCAGAACAGUUUCCAGUCAAUGAACAUUAUUUUGGUUUAGUCAAUUUUGGGAAUACCUGCUACUGUAAUUCAGUCCUUCAAGCACUUUAUUUUUGCCGUCCAUUUCGAGAGAAAGUUCUAGCCUACAAGAAUCAACCCAGGAGAAAGGAAAACUUACUCACGUGCUUGGCAGAUCUCUUCCACAAUAUAGCUACACAAAAGAAGAAAGUUGGUGUAAUACCUCCAAAAAAGUUUAUAACGAGACUGCGGAAAGAAAAUGAACUUUUUGAUAAUUACAUGCAACAAGAUGCUCAUGAGUUCUUGAACUACUUGUUAAACACCAUUGCCGAUAUCCUGCAGGAAGAGAAAAAGCAGGAAAAACAGAAUGGGCAGCUCCAUAAUGGCUGUAUUAAUGACGACAAUGGCAAUGGCAGUGAUGUACCAGAACCAACCUGGGUGCAUGAAAUGUUUCAAGGAACAUUAACUAAUGAAACCCGAUGUCUUAACUGUGAAACUGUAAGUAGCAAAGAUGAAGACUUUUUAGACCUUUCUGUUGACGUGGAGCAGAAUACUUCAAUUACACAUUGCUUGAGGGGAUUUAGUAAUACAGAGACGCUGUGUAGUGAAUACAAAUAUUACUGUGAAGUGUGCUGCAGUAAACAAGAAGCUCAGAAAAGGAUGAAAGUGAAAAAACUGCCUAUGAUUUUAGCUCUUCACCUGAAGAGAUUCAAAUAUAUGGAUCAAUUGCAUCGAUACACAAAGUUAUCCUACAGAGUAGUCUUUCCUCUAGAACUCCGACUAUUCAACACAUCAGGCGAUGCCACCAAUCCAGACAGAAUGUAUGACCUGGUUGCUGUGGUGGUGCACUGUGGAAGUGGUCCUAACCGAGGGCACUACAUUGCAAUAGUAAAGAGCCAUGACUUUUGGUUGUUGUUUGAUGAUGAUAUAGUAGAGAAAAUAGAUGCACAAGCCAUCGAAGAGUUCUAUGGAUUGACGUCCGAUAUCUCAAAGAACUCUGAGUCUGGUUAUAUCCUUUUUUACCAGUCCAGGGAUUAAAUGGAUGCGGAGUGCAGAACAGUUCCACCUCAUUCACUCCCCAAUGCUCACCCUUGCAGAAACAAGGCAUUGAGACCAUGCAAAAGAAAGAGGAUGAGAGAACUUUUCAGUCUUCUUUGCCAAGCUUGGGUCAUAGUAGAGUAACACUGAUUGUAAUGGCAAAGCAAAAAUAUCCAUGUAAACAAAGCAGUUUUACUCAUUGUGAAAGCACAUUGAAAUAAAGCUGUAGCAGCUGUGUAUAAGGGACGCUGUAUAAGUGACGCUGAACUGAAGCUGUGAUGUCAGUUCCAGAGCUCAAAUCGACAUAAGAGAAAGUGAUGCAUGCUACAUGCAUACGUAUGAAACCAAAGUGAACUGAUGUUCAAUCAGAUUGAUCUCUCCCUGGCUUCAUCCUGUUGGCUUUUUAAUUUAUAUAAUUUUUACAUUCUCAAAUUUGGGAACUACUGGGAUUACAAGUUUUUUCCCUUUUAAAAUAAAUGACCAAAAACAAUGACAGUUGAUAUUAAUAAAUUUGAGCAAAAUUUCCCACCAAAGAUGAACAUGACAUUGUGGAUUAUGUAAGGUGUCUACACCUCUUAAAACAUAUUUGACUGACAUCUAGCCUUGCAAUUGUAUCUACUUUCAAUUUCCACAAGGUAAAUACAUAUUCCAGCAGACUUGGUGUCAACUUGCAUUAAAUUCAAGUAAUUCUUUUGUUUUACCAUCUGUUCAGACUUUGGCAUUCUAUUUACAAAAAGUCUGGUGCUGAUUGCUGGAUAGUGAUCUAAUGCACAAGAAACAUCAACUAUGAGUAGAUGUUAAAUGCAGGGCAGGAGCAAUGGCAGGCAAAGAGUUGUAGAGCCUUGUAAAUACUACAGUGAAACAAUUUGUUAGUGUCAAAGAAUUAAAUACGUUUUGUAAAGUAUUUUUGUUAUCCCAGAGAAACUGUAAAGUAGUGUUAUACAAGUAAUUCCAAUUUUUUUUGACUCAAUGCAUAUAUAACAUCAUGAGAAAGUAACUAGACCAUAUUUUAAAUGUCUCACUAAAGUGAAACACCCUACUGUUCUGCCAUAUUGGAGUGUGCACUAAUUAUUUUCUGUUGUAAAUAUGUAGAUAAUUUGAUUACAUGUUUAAGAUUCAUUAGUUUCUUUAUAAACCAUUUCAGUUUCUUUGGUUGUUCACUAUUAUGUACAAUAUAAUUACUCUUCAUUGUAGCAUAUAAUUUUGCCUGCAUUAGUUGUCUGCAUUGCUAACCUGAUCCAGCACACUUCAAUGUAGUAAUUGAAGUAACCGAUUUGUUUGCCUGAAAAACAUGGCCCGUGUUCCCAUGCACUUAGCUGAACUCAGUCACAGAUGAAUGUAAUAUCUCAAGCCCCUGUUUAAACACCAUGUGUAAAUUUGGAUCAGUUUUGCAUUUCUGUUUAUGGGAAUCCAAAGUACACUGUUCGUAUGGUAACCAUAAAUUUGAAAGCUUGCAUAAAAUAUUUUUAAAAUCCUACCUCCCAUAUUAAUUUAAAACCUAGUCAUGAAUUUGAAUCAAAUUGAUGUAAUUAUAUGAAUUUUUGUUUGCUGCCUCCUCAUGGUGCACACCAGCCCAUGCCUCUGAAAUAUGGCUUGCCAGCCUGACUAAUUGUUCUGGUUUAAAGCAGGAUUGUAAAUGGGAGGUAGAUUAAAGUGGUUUAAAAUGUAAAUGGGAAGUAAAUUAAUUGCAGUUCAAAUUCAGUAGAACCUGAGCACCAAUGCUGGCUGAUGACAUAGAUGGAUAGAGUAGGCUGACUAAAAUUAAUUUUAAAGUGGCCUGCAUAAACUUUAAAGUAGGAUUUAAGACCAGAAUCACUGUUCUGAAUAAAUAAGGUGGAAAACCUUUUCCAUCUUUCUUUUGUACAGUACUUGAUAUCAAUACUUUGAAAUUCUGUGAAGAUUGUCUAUCUGCUGCUAAACUGAACGUUAAUUCAUCAGAGAACAUUCUGUAGCUUUAGGAUAAUGCUUUUUGACCUGUUGGCUCAGGAAAUGCUGUGGUCUUAACAUUUGAUACCGUUUAACCCUUAGCAUUUACCUUUAGGUAUUUUUUUUAAAGGAGAAUAGUAUCAUGUUAUUAGGGCAAGGUGUAAACUUGUGGGGACAGGAGCUCAGAUGAUUACUUCUAAGUAGAUAGUUGAAAUGCCCAAAAUAUAUUUUCCAAAAUUGUGUUUUUAAUUGAAGUCUGUUAGGCAUUCUCUAUAGUGCUUUAAACAAUUUUGAUAUAUUUCCUGCAUUAAAAUUCAUCUUGGGAUUCAAGAAUAGAGAAGCCAUGUAUGUUCAGUUGAAUUUUUCUUGCCUCCUCUUCUCCACCUCCCCACUUUUGUGAUUAGAAGAUUAUAUGCUUAACAGUUGCUAUUUAUAGUUUCAAAAAAGAAUACUUUAAUCAUAUCAAAAAACAAAAUAAUCAGUGGUCAUUUGAGAUAUUGUUAGAAUAUUGCAGCAUUAUGCGUUUGCUCCUGUAUUAUGCUUGGGAUUUCUUUAAAAAAAAUGUUUUUGGGUGUGGAUGUUGGUGAAUAUUAGGAAUUGAUUUGGCUAUUGUGCAGCAGUCAAAUGGUGCAGAGUUUGAUCACUUUGGAUAUUUUAAGUGCUACAAAAUUGCAUUUUAGCCAUCAGAAAUCAAGGCAAUUGGGGGAAAAGUAACCAGUAAAUAAUGGAACUGAUUAAUGUCUUUGUCGAGAAGCUCUUUGGGACACAGCAGCUGAAUAUUUUGUAUAUUGGGUCAGAAAUUUCUACAGAAAAAAAGUAUGUUCUUUGAUAGCAUAAUAUUGUAUGUAUAUAUAUUGAAAAAUUACUCUAAAUUAUAAAUUGCACUUUUGAUACUGAUUUUUAGGUGUAUUUAAGGGGUUACUUGAGACAGCCUGUUGUUUAAUUAUGUUUUUGUCUUACAGAAAUAAAAAAAGAUAAUUUACAGGC